AUGUCUGAGCAAUCUGGAACUUUUCAAAGAGUGUUGGCCAUCACCAGUGUUACUGCUGUUGCGGCAUUGGCCGGCUACGCUGUGUACUUUGACCAUCAGAGAAGAAACAACCCAAGCUUUCGCAAGAGUUUGAAGCGUAAGCUCAAGAAACACGCAGAAGAAGAAAAACAGGAGAAGGAAAGAGCCAAGCAAUUGAAACUAGCGCAAGUGGGCGAAUAUUUGAGUGCCGAAUUGGCCAAAGAUCCGGUAUCAACCGAUCCAGCGCAAAGAGAGACCGUUUUUACGACAAACGUGGAGUUGGGUGAAAAGCUGGCCAGUGUGCCAGGAAACGAACUAGAGGCUGCUUCCAAGUUCUACAAGGCAUUGAGCGUUUACCCCAAUCCUGCAGACUUGUUGGGCAUCUACCAAAGAAGCGUUCCAGAGGCCGUGUAUGAGUACAUUGUUUUGAUGAUCGCUAUUAUGCCACCAGUCAAUGUGUCGACUUUUCUAAGUGGCAGUGCUCAAGGAGGUCCUGCUGCUAUGGCACAGGCCGUUUCUGGCAAUGCUGAGGGUAAGGUGGGUGAGAUCGACGAAUAA